CUAAAGCUCAUACAUAGAUUUAUAAAUUAAAAAAUUCUUUUUUUUAAUAUUUUACAUCAUGAAAAUGGACAGUCACUCGAAAAAUGUUUAUAUCAUCGGCAUUCUAUAUAUAAUCGGUUGCCUAUUAUUUUCCUUUGAACCGCUAACGAAAGCUAUUGGAUUGACAAUUUUUGAGGAUUAUGAAUAUGAAACUACUAGCGCUGUACCUAUUUUUUGGACCCGGGUGGCAUUUUAUGCUAUAUUGGGAAUUUUAGCUGGUAUAAUGGUUGUUGGUGUGGUCAAGCAACGUCAUUUACUAGUGGCUCCGUUUUUAAUAGCUACCUGUAUUAAUUUGAUCGGCUUAAUAAUUUGGGUUUUCUUGGCGGAGUUUGUAGGAAUAUUUAAUGAUUUUUAUAAUUCUUUGUACACUUUGGGCGUACAUAUUCUAAUUAUCUAUCCCAUUUACACUUUGUUUGUAAAAUUACGCGCCAAAUCGCUCAAAGAAAAAUCGCUAGCGGAGCCAUAUUGUCAGCAAGAUAAGAAAAGUGUGGAGGUAUUGACGCAAAAAUUGUGUGUUUAAAACGAAUAUUAUAAAAAUUAUUAGUAAUGAGUUGUAGUUUUCUAUUAAGUAAACGAUUUUAAAAUAAAAUAAAAAUAAGUAUUUUAAUAUAAAAAA